AUGGUCAAGACACCGACAAGUGCGCGAAGCGGAAGUCCGGCGACGGCCGGAGGGAGGUCAAGCGCGCGGCCGAGAAGCGCGGACGCGGCGACGAAGGCGACGGCCAGCACGCCGCGGUCUGUGAAGUUCGACCGGGUCGGCGAUCGUGACCAUAGAAGUGGGGUUGAUGAUGAUGGAAGUGAAGAUGAAGUGGAGAUGAAGGGCCCGGCGCCGAUGCUGGAGGAUGAAGACGUCGACGAGCUAACGGUUGUCGUCGGGAAGUCGGGUGCACCGCGCCCGAUCGCUCGCCGACUUGAUGCGGAGCUCGGCGAAGUUACUCCGGCCAAGGUUCUGGCGCCCGACGAGCGACCGACCACGGGAAGUCGACCGCCGGUGAACGGAGAUACUCCGGAUGCGUACAAGAUACUGGGGCAAGUCGGCCGAUCGAUGGUUGCUACAAGCGCGUGGGUGAUGAUGUUCGCGCCGAGAGAAGUCGGCGGUGCCAAGUGGGUGACGCUCGAGAGGGAGCUGGCGUCUCCGAUCGACAGCUCCAGCCUGUUCCAACUCAGCGAGCAGACCAAGCGCCUGCUGGUGGCAAUGGGCUUCGAGUGCACCAGCGUCCCGUCGAAGGUGGCUUUGGAAGUCUGGGAGCUCGCCGAAGUAAGCGCCGAACUCACCAAGUGGAAGCGCAAGCUGAAGGACUCGGUCGGAGUGCGUGGGACGACGACGGUGCAGAAGCUGGACGACGUCGACCCGAGUCUGGUUCCGCUGCCGACGACGCCGCGGAAAGCCUCCACAGGCUACCAGAUGCAGACGCCGGACACCAAGCAGGUCUUCAGCAAGACGCCCGCCUCCCCGUACUUCGCAGACUCGCACAUGGUGACGCCGAAGAAGAAUAGUGACGGUCGGCGAUUUAACCUUCCCGCGCUCGGCGAUGAUGAUGACGACGACGAUGACACGGGCUACGACUUCGCUAACCCGUGCGAAGACCUGACGGCGCAGAUUCGGCGAUCGUACCAGCGUGAAGACGAAGACGGGGCUCAGCGAGUUAAGCUGACGCACCACAUCUCGCUGAACAAGUUGACGAAGUUCUCCGAGACUCGAAACCGCAGUGAGCGAUCGCUGCGGUGGCGCAAGAAGUUCAUCUACAAGAUGGAAGGGACCAACACCCCGCAGGACCGCUGGUGUGAGCCGUUUCAGCUCCUCAUGGAGAGUGGAGCCAGCAACUGGGUUCGCCAGCUCCCGAAGAAGACGCGCAACAGGUGGUCACUGCUGUGCGAGGCGUUCAUGGCGUACUACUGCUCGCAGCACGACCAAUCCGCCGAAGACCGAUAUUACACCGCCACGCGGGACGAGGGGGAGCACAUUUGCGACUACCUGCUGCGCCUGAAUGGGUACGCUCGCUCGGCGAAAAUCACGUAUGAAGCGGGCGGCACCGUCGGCGCGAGGCACGUCAAGCGCUUCCUCGACACUUGUGAAGAUGAUGCGCUGGUCCGACAGUUAAUCCCUCAACGAUUUGACAACAUUGCCAAGGUGGAAGCUGUGACCAACGACACGAUGGCCGCUGACCGACGCCGCAAAGGCAAGGGCAGCACGCGUAAACCAUCACGCGAUGGGGGCCGACGGACCGACAGCGCUAGACGUGACGACCGUCGGAACGACCGGGACGAUCGCCGAGGUGACAGCCGCAGCCGACGUGAAGGUCGCUACGAUCGUCGAGUCACCGUCGCAAGUGCGUCGGUCGACGAGCUCUAUGACGCCUGGCAAGACCGCAUGUCUUUCACGCCUCGUCGCCGAGUCGACUCAGAUGGUUACUCGGAGAGCAGCAAUCAUUCCGACCGCUCAUACAAUUCCAAGUAUGAAUCAGAUCGUGAUCACAUGGACGUGGCUGAGACGAGCCGGAGUGUCGCAACUCAGCGAUCAGACGGUCAAAGUCGCGCGAAUGUAUCGGGCGACGGGCGUAGAGACGAAGGCCGCCGAAGCCGGUGGAACGACUAA